AUGUCCGACCCCAAUGCUGCCAAACGAAAAUGGGCCCCGAAGAGUAGAAGCGGCUGCAGUACCUGCAAAUCCAGACGAGUGAAGUGCGAUGAGAAGCAGCCAAUAUGCACCCCUUGCUGCAAAAGUUCCCGUCAGUGCGAGUAUUCACCUAAUCGAGAUCCGGAUCCCCUGAAAGUGGUGCUCUGGCGUCCAAAUGAUGUAUCCAUCCAACGCAUCUCUCCAACCCCACACCACUCUAACGAGGAGUCUCGAGCAUUUCAUUUCUUCCGCAACAAAGUUGCUACAAACCUCGGCGGGUUUUUUGACUCCAGUUUCUGGACUCUCGAUGUCCUUCGAGUUGCCCAGCAUGAAGAACCAGUACGCCAUGCUAUUGUGGCUUUGGCUUCGUUGUCAGAAACCUUACUUGACACGGCUCCUGGUUCUAGUAGACCGCCUCCCGAACCCUUCGCUAUCCAACAAUACAGCAAAGCAAUAUCAAACUUGCGGAAGAAGAUUGAUGAAAAUGAUGGCUCGUCUAUGGAGGUCAUACUCAUCACCUGUGCGCUGUUCAUCUGCUAUGAGAUGUUCCAGAGCCACAACGAGGAAGCUUUAAGUCAUAUGUCAAGUGGAAUAUAUAUGUAUUUCAAUUGGCAUUCGAAUCGUCGCGAAAGAUUACCCCAAAACCACCCUAGCUCGAUUGAAGUCCAGCUUCAACGCCUUUUCGGGAGGAUGAUGCUGCAAACCAUCUUAUUUGUCCAGACUAAGCCCCAAGAGUGGAAGUUCGUCAUACCUUCCUUCACACCAGAGUUACCAUCAAUACCUUUUGUCUUCUGCUCUCUUGAGGAAGCAAGAGAUAAUCUAGACGGGUGCAUGGGUUCCCUCUUCCAUGGGAUGUUAGCGUCUAAAUUCCAAGGCUUGGAUAACAGCUGCGAAGAGAUUUCAAUGGACUCCAUAUCCCAGCAUGACCCUUUCGCAAAAUGGGCAUUGGCCUACAAAAGGUUCAUAGAGGAGCAAAUUGGGACACUAUCCCCUGGAGAGAGGAAGGCAGCAACCUUUCUCGAGAUUCAACAGAUCACAGGCAGCAUCAUAGCUGCAACAAUGCCCGUCAUCGACGAAAUUGUUUUCGAUUCAUUUGAUCAAAGCUUUUCUCAGAUCGUUACUCUUGCCACUCAGCUCUUGUGUAGUAACGAUGGACAUUAUACAGACUCGGAACCACCACUGUUUCCAGCCUUCGAAAUGGGCAUCAUACCGAAUCUUUACUUCCUCGCUUCACGCUGUCGUGAUCCAUCGCUAAGACGUCAGGCACUACACCUGCUGCGCCUAGGGCCGAGGCAGGAGGGCAUCUGGCAUAGAGAUGUAUUGGGCAGUAUCGCUGAACGAAUUAUGACUAUGGAGGAGAUCGGUUGCCAGAAUGUGCAGAGAAGUGCAGAUAUUCCCAGGAGUGCGAGGUUGUCAAUAUUAAACACCACGAUAGAGUCGGCGCAGCGCACUGUUACUAUGCAUUGCUGUCGACAGCAGAGUGAAGAAGGAAUAGGACAUGUUAUAUACGAGAUAGUGGAAUAUUAG